UAUCUCCGGUGUUUUUGGUGCACAAUGUGACAGAAGCUGCUGCGCUAGAGUCAGACUGAGUCUAAUACAGCCUGACUGAGGCUUUUUCACUGCUUUUAGGACCAGUUUUAUACAUUCAUAACAGGAACCUGUUAAAGCAGCCAUGGGGAAAGUAGAAGGUGGAAUGAAAUGUGUGAAAUACCUGCUCUUCAUAUUCAACUUCAUAUUCUGGCUGAUGGGGUCUCUGGUGUUAGCGGUGGGUUUAUGGUUGCGGUUGGAACAGGACACUGUGGCCCUGCUGGGAAGCGAUGGAGCACCGGAAAACUUCUUCAUCGGUGUGUAUAUCCUAAUUGUGGCCGGUGGUCUGGUGAUGUUGGUGGGUUUUUUCGGAUGCUGUGGGGCAGUGAGGGAGUCCCAGUGUCUGCUUGGCUCGUUCUUCGCCUGCCUGCUGAUCAUUUUUGGGGCAGAAGUUGCUGCUGGCGUGUUCGGAUUCCUAAAUAAAGACAAGAUAAUUCAGGACAUUCAGACAUUUUAUAAAGAAUCUGCUAAAGACACAAACAGCAACAACACUGUCGUUGCCUCCAGCUACCACAGAAUUCUGAACUGCUGCGGCACUCCUUCAACUCAGUCCACCCAGUGCCCCAAUAUCCCCCCUGAUACUAAGGACUGUGAAUCAGCCAUUGAAGAGUUUUUCAACAGUAAGCUUUUCAUUAUUGGAUAUGUGGGAAUCGGAAUCGCUGGAGUCAUGAUUAUCGGUAUGAUCUUUAGCAUGGUGCUGUGCUGUGCAAUCCGGAACAGUCGGGAGGUGAUCUAACAAAGCCCGUCUGACCUUUGACCUCUGAUCUCCGUCCACUGCCAGACUCCAAACAGCCCACAGUAACAGCUUUGAGACGAAAGAAACGUCCUUCGUUCAGAAUACUUUAAAAUCCUCGAUCGGGGUGAGCCGGAGGACGAUGUACAAUUGAUCAUUUUUCCCUCUCAGUCUAAUCCGGCUGAGAUUCUUAACGUUUGUUUUUUUGUUUGUUUUGUUUUUGCUUUAUUACCUGCUGGAAAGGUGUCAGAAAUGUUCCAUUUUGACGUUGAGGGUUUUAUUUAUGUGUGCCUGUCUUUGUUUCCAAGUUCUAAAUGUUCUUGACACUGUUCGAGUGGAACUCCCUCUCAGCCGAGUUAUUUAAAGACGGGCAGAUUUCUCAGCUGUGCCCGCCGUUGCCAGUAUGGCAUCACAUGACCGAUAAAGAUAUGAUGUGAUGUGAACUACAGGCGGCCUAUGGCAUGCUGGGAGAUUUGACCGGAUGGGUUUGAGUCGUGACUGCAGUCUAACCUCACAAUUUCCACUCACACUCACUAUCACUCAAGCUUUCACCUUCGUCCAGACAACCGCUCACACACAGCGGGGUCCAAACAUCUGAGACCACUUUAUUGACCACUUUAUUAUUACUGUUUUUAUUUAAUCCUGCAAAUAAACAAUGAAAAGUGUUAAAAGAGUUUUGAAAAUUUUAAAGCAAAGAAAAGCUUUGACAGGGAAAGGUAGAAGAAAUAUUACAAAUUCUGGAUCACAGUUCAAAUGUGUGAAAUUGACCAUGACUAAAACAUGACUAAAACAACAGAUUUAAAAAAGAGUAGAAAUUAAAAAGGGGACAAAUAUUAAGAAAUUCUGAAAUUCAUCUUAAAAUUGAAAAAAUUCUAUUGUUCACUCAAAUUGCUCUACUGAUAAUAGAGUUUGUAAAAAAAAAAAUGUUAUUGCAUUUGAAAAGAACGCAAAAUAGAAGAAUUUUCACCAGUAGUCUCACUUUUGGACCUCACUGUAUGUUCUCAAAGAUUGUCAGUUCUCUCCAUUUCUCCAGUAUGAUGUGAUCACAUUAUAUUUUCUGGUUACUUUUCAGCCUCUAUAUGGGUCAUUCUACCAGUGUGGGGGCAAACAGCGUAUUAAUAUUGGUGUAAUUCUGUUAUAUUGAACCACAUGCAUAAAGUUAUAACACCACUGACAACAUUACUAAAGUCUGAGAUUUUCUAGAAUAUCCUCCACUGUAUAUUCUUCACUUUCAAAAUCACAUUGUGGAACAUUACAAAUAUUGCACGUUAUUUUAUUUCAAUUUUAAAAUCACAGUCAGCAUUUUAGCCAAAUUAGAAAUGUAAAAAGAUUAAGAUUGAGAUUAAGUUACCCUUAUUAGUCCCACAAUGGGGGAAUUUCACCUCUGCAGAACAGACAAUUUCAACCAAAAAACAAGCAUCAAAAUUGCUGUUUCACAUAAAAAUAAAACUUGAUCAUCUGUGAAGUUGUGGCUGUUCAUUUUCACAACUUCAAAGUUGUUGGACCCCAUUCAACACUGCGCUGGUAGAAAGACCCGUAUUUGUGUCCACAAGUAUGAUAUUCAGUCAUUUCACCCUCCAUUUACCCUCAUUCCACCACAGUCUCAUCAUACAACUACAUGCUAACAUGGCUCCACACAUAUUAACGAAUCUUUACACAUGUUUCACACAUCACUGUACAUGGUUCUGUACAUGCUAACAUCAUUCUGCACAUGCUAACAUAUCUCUAUACAUGCUAACAUGGCUCUGUACAUUAUAACAUUGCUAUUCACAUACUAACAAGGUUAUACACAUGCUAACAUAUCUCUCUACGCGCUAACAUGACUCUAUACAUGUUAACAUUGCUCUAUACAUGCUAACGUGGUUCUUCACAUACUAACACGGUUAUACACAUGCUAUCAUCUCUCUAUAUGCUAACAUUUCUCUCUACAUGGUUCUAUUCAUGCUAACAUGGUAUACUAACAUAUCUAUCAACAUGUUAGCGUGGCUCUACACAAGCUAACAUAUCUCUACGCAUGCUAACUGUACAUGCUUAUUAUGGUUCUACUCAUGCUAACAUGAUUUUGCAAAUGCAAUCAUGGUUCUAGGCAUUCUAACAUGGUUCUACAAAUACCAACAAGGUUCUACACACAAUAACAUAGUUCUACACAUGCUAACAUGACUGUGUGUUGAUAUUUUGGAAGGGACAGCAGCUCCUAUGAAAGUUAAGCAACAAAAGUUUAUCCUCUUAUAUAACAGCUUCCUUUGCUCAUAUUUCCAGCUCAGAGUGGGCGGAGCUAUGGGCAUAGUGUUGACACUUCUCAGCUAACAUGUAUGUGUGAGGGUCAUGUUCAUGUGUGUGAUGUUUGGAGCUAAGUAAGGACACAGCAGGCUCAAAUAGCAUCCGCUCCCAGCUGCUAGCAUCAUAGUGCAGCCUAGCCUGGUCACACGUUGUGAUUUAAACCAAACAAAAGGGAAUUUGGGGGUUCUUUAUGCAUUUUUAAAUUAUUAACCUGGACCAAAUAUGUCAGAUUUCCAAUUGUUUGCUUAGUGGAACAAAUUGGACAUUGAAUCUGUUCAUGUUUUAAGUGAUUUUUCCCUUUAAGCAUUACAAAAGUAAUUUAUUUAAAAGUUAAAAGUAAUUUUUUGUCGUCUUCUUCACUGUUGCAUUUUAAAGGCUUUCAAGGACAACCUUGUACAUAUUGUUGAGAUUUUUCUACUUCGUUCCUGUGACAUGCGCGUGCUCGUGGAUAUCUGUGAUUUGUGUAGCAGCAGAUUAUCGACAUUUUAAAGUCAUUCCUGUUUGAUGGUGAUUUAUAAUGAGAUGAAUCAAUGUGCCUUGCUUUUUUAAUACAACAUUUAUGGCCUGUUAGCAAAGGUUUGAAUGUGUGUAAAGGUCAGGUUUUCAGUCCCGUCCAGUCAGUUUAGACUCUUGUCAUUACUAUCCAGUUAAUCUGCAGCACCAGUCAAAAGUUUGGAGCCACCUGAUCAAAAAGUUGUUUAGUAUAAUCUCAAAAAAUCCUGAUUUUAAGGCCUACUGUCAUAUGUGAUAGUUUGGACACUGGUCGGUCUAAAUGUUUUGUGGAUUUUCUGCAUGAAAAUAGGCUCACACCUAAGUGUUUCUGCCAAUUUUAAUGCACAAUUUCUAUUUUUUAUGUCCUAAGGUCUGGGAAUAAGUCAUAUUUUAUGCUUAAAAUUUUUCUAAUAUGUUCAAUUCAGCAAAGAAAGUGUGUUCUUUGUAGAGGAUGCAUAAACUUAUUUCAUGUUAAAUUUGCAUGCUAAAUGCUAAAGUUGAUGCCCAUAUAUGAAUUUAGCCCCAAAACAAAAAUGUUUAAAAAUAUAUAUAUUUAUUUUUUUCUCAGCCACAAUACAGGGAAUACCAAGAGUCCCCUAAAAGUGGGCCAUAACUAUUAGGAAAGAGUUCUAUAAAGGGUUCUAAAUUUUACUCAUACAUUAAAAGUCAUGCUUAGAGUACCACACAACUUUUAACACUAGCAGAACCCUUUUUGGUGCUAAGUAGAACCAUUUUUCAAAAGGUUUUUUAAAGACCAAAGGACAUUAUGCAAGGUUUUCCAUCACAGAGAACCCUUUAACCAUGCAAAGAACUAUUUAUGCAUUUAGAUGGUUCUUUAAGUUGUCAUGGUUUUAUAUAAUCAUUGCCUUUCCUAAAGAACACUUAAAGAACCAAUCUUUUGUGGGGCAGUCACUGCAGUCACGACUCUUACUUACUAGACACUUCAGGGACUUUAACAUUUAUUACAUAAUUCCUAUGUACACUCCUAAAAAUGAUGGUUCUUCAAGUGUUCUUCAGUAAAGACAGUUGUUCUGUAUAAAAUCAUGAACACUCAAAGAACAGUUUGCAUGAUUAUAGAGCUCUUUGUAUGGGUUCUUCAGAUUGCUGAAAAUGUGUUGUAUAUGGUUCUAUAUAGCAGCAAAAUUGUUUCUUCUAUUGUUACAAGCUUGAAAUCAUAACAGCAGUAGAACCUUUUUUGGUGCUAUUCAGAUCCUUUUUCUAAAUAGAACCAUAUACAACGUAUUCUCUAUCUAUGCAAAUGGUUCUGUCUUUACUGAAGAACCCUUGAAGAACCGUCUUUUUUAAGAGUGUGUGUCCAAACUUAUUGACUGGUACUGCAGACCCUGGCUGAUAAAGCUGAGUGUGCUGGAUGAAGAAAUGUGGAGAAGCUGUGAUGCUUCAGCUCCUGUAUGAAGUGUCCGGCGGGGGAAGGGGUGCAGGGCUGAGUCGCUGUAGAUGUGAGUGCUGGUUUAGGUGUUUGUUCUCUCUCUCUGAGCUCGUUUUGCUCUGCCUGUUCAGAAUGUAAGGUUUGUCUGGUGUGUUUAGCAUGGCUUUCUGUAGGUGCUUUCUGAUGAUCAAACUCUCUGUGUCGUAAACUUUGUGAGAAGAAUAAUGAAGAGAAUUUUUGUACUGUAAACAGAACAACAUUGCUGUUGUUGUUGUUGUUUUUCCAGUGUUGAAAUGUGUAAUUUAUUUAUGGGCUGAUGAGUUCAAACAGAAUUUCAGGCUUCUCAGGAAGAUCGUUGUACCUGAACAAAUAAAACUUCUCUGAAGUUUCUCCA